GAGAAACGGAGAUUCAGCGGCCGGGCAGCAGUAGCAACCAUGGUGAAGUAUUCGAGGGAGCCUGAAAAUCCCACAAAGUCCUGCAAGGCCAGGGGAUCGGAUCUGAGGGUUCACUUUAAGAACACAAGAGAGACAGCCCAUGCUGUUAGGAAGUUGCCUUUGACCAAGGCAAAAAGAUACUUGGAGGAUGUUCUGGCCCAUAAGCAAGCCAUUCCUUUCCGGAGAUUUUGUCGUGGUGUGGGUCGAACAGCUCAGGCCAAGAACCGUCAUUCAAAUGGUCAAGGACGCUGGCCUGUGAAAUCAGCAAAGUUCAUUCUGGAUUUGCUCAAGAAUGCCGAGAGCAAUGCUGAUGUGAAAGGUUUGGAUGUGGAUUCACUUUACAUAUCCCACAUCCAAGUGAACCAAGCACAGAAGCAGAGGAGACGCACAUACCGUGCUCAUGGGAGAAUCAACCCUUAUAUGUCAUCUCCAUGUCACAUUGAGCUGACCUUGUCUGAGAAAGAGGAGCCAGUGAAGAAGGAGCCUGAAACUCAGCUGGCCCCUAGGAAAUCCAAGACGGGACAAGCUUUGAGAAGUGGUGCAUCUUCUUGAAUGGCGUGUUUGAGAUGAUGAGCAAGUUUUGUCUUCUGUGAUUCUUACUGUUUUUUUUUCUCUUAUAACAUUUUUGUUGCAUUUGACGUCUGGUUCUUUGUCUUUUAUAGAUUCCAGGACCUGUUUUUCAAUUUGGCUUAUUUUAUGAAUUUCUUAUUCUUAGGUAGAAUUUAGAUAAAACUCUUAUGAAGAGGUUCUCAGACAUUUUGAUUAUCAAUGGAAAAGUUUGUUUUGCAUUGAUUAAUUCUA